AUGGGGGUGCGGGCCCCUCGCACCUUCGGCGGGACAGUCAGCAACGGCCUGGGUGGAAGGUCCCGGAUACCGGCCCCCGCCACACCUAUCGCUCCUCACCUCACGCUGCCCGAGCCUCUGCCUCCACCACAACCCGAGCCGCCGGAGCAGCCACGGUGCGAGCCAUUUCCCUCUCAGCCGCCGCCAAGAGACUCGGCGGACUCCACGGCCAGCCAAGCACAGCACGUCACUUCCGACCAGAGAAGCACCGCCUUCCGCGCCCAGGCUUCUGGUGGAUUGGCUGGUGCAGACGGCCUACCUGAGGUAGUGGGCGGGGCUUGGGCGCGUCCCGCGAGGCUAGAACUCAGGGUGUGGGGGCCAGGCUCCGGCUUUCCCCGGGAAAUGCCGAGCAGGCUCUGGAUACCUCUCCUCGCAACGCCAGGCCGGGGACGGGGAUGCCUCCUGGAACCCCAGCCGGCCCUCUCUCCGGCCGGGCGUCCGCCAAUCACCAAAGUACUCUAUUGUUCCCCUGCCCUCUCCGGGGAUUCAGCAGUCUCCUCCAACCCGGCUGUGGCUCCCAGAUUCGUGGCUUUGGCCCCAGGCCGCUGCGAUAUUAGUUUGUGACUGGAAGACUGAAAGGAGCAGGCAAGAUAUAAAAUCAUGCACUCCAAGCAGUAUUUACAGACUCCUCACGGUGGAUCAGGUGCUGUGGGGCGUGUAAUUAGUAGUCCAUCACGUGGAUUGUGUAAAGCUCUUUCACAUCAGUGUCUCAUUUAAUCCUCAGCAGCCAGGAUGGAUGUGAAGUGGAUGAAGCCCUCUAAUCACUGUAAUAAACCUGCCUACACCUCCCAAGAAAUGCGGAGACUGGAUAGAGUUGCUAUGCUAUGGAGAAGUCUAGAAACAACUGUAUUCUUUGUGGCUAUGGCUACCAACUCCUACUCUUAGCUUUCCAUCUCUUCCACCCCUCCCCCAACCCAACUUCCAGGCAGACUUUACACACCCUAGAAGAAUGUCCCUUAGGAAUCUGUUUAGUUCCACAGCAUUGUUCUGCUUUAUCUUCUCAUCAAAGGAGGAAUUUCUAGAAUUGGCAGCUCUUUCACAAGAUUAAAAGGGGAGGGGAAAGCGAUUUAUCUCAGCUGGUUUCCUAGCUUCUGCUCAAGAACUGAGUGUGCCUUCAGAAAGAAGGAAGACGCCUUGAGAGAACACUGUGUCUAGAGGGAAUAUUAACCAUUUGACUUUUUUAAUCUUUCUUAUAUUUUUCUUAUGAGAAAUAUUUUCUGAGUCCCAGCAGCAGAGGGCCUUUGCUUGAGUGAACUUCAUUAUGUUGUUAUACCUCUUGAAUGGCCAAUACUUAACAGGCUCUGAUUGACCAGAAGGGUCCCAAUAGGAAGAGAUAGAAAGGGAGUUGAAUAGUGCUCCAGAUUCCAAAAAAUCAGCAUCCACAAAUUGCCAGGUGUCAAGAAUCUGAACUAGUAGCCCUCCCUUAGCAGCUUCUCUCUCUGGCAGAGGGUGUAUGAAGAUGCAUGUGUUAGCAAUAGAAAUACAGAUUUCUAGGACAAACUGGCACUGCUGUCAUUUGAAGAACCAGAUAAGAACAUAGUUGGCAGCCAUUUCUCUCUUCUUUCUCCUACUAGCUUCAAUAUUAAGAUUUGAAGGUAGAGAAAAGAAUUGAGGAGGAGGCAUUAUAUUUUUAAGUGUUCCAAUCCUAACCUCCCACAGAGAACUUAACAGCACCACAAAUAUUUCCAAACUUCUUCCAGUACCAAAUGAGAAAUGGGCAACCUUGUUUUAUCACAGGGAAAAGAAAAAAAGGCUGAUAUUUAUUGAGCAUUUGCUAAGGCCAGGCCCUCUUCUUAGUGCUUUACAAGUCAUUGAAUUCCUCUAACAAUCUUAUUAAAAGGUGCCAUUAUGAUAUCCUCAUUUUGUAGCUGAGAAAUUUGAAGAACAGAGAGCAUAAAGUAAUUUGCCCAUAGUCACACAGCUACUAAAUAGUACAGCUGGGAUCCAAACCUGGGUCUAACUGCAAGGCCCAUGCUCUUUUACCUUCAAACUGCCCCCCAAAAGGCCAUGGAGAUUUUAACAGCUAUAAAAUAGCUACUAAAGGCCAUUUAUCAGUAAAUUCUUCACUUUCCUUUCCCAAUGCUGUAUCCCUACCCCAGUAGAACUCUGCUGAGUCCUAUACCACACAACGUAAAACCUGUGGUCUCUACUUCUUGGAGAUCAUUACCUAAGACAGGUAACACUGUCAUAGAGAAAUGACAUUAUGAACAUUAAAUGUGUGGGUAGUAAAAGGAUGUAAAGUUUGUAGAAGGAAUAGGGAAUGUUGCCUUGUAAUUCAUUCAGAAAAAAAAAAAAAAGUAUUGAGCCCCUGUUUGCAAUAUAUCAGACACUAUCAUCUGUGCUAGAGAUACAGUAGUGAACAAGACAAGGUGUCCCUGCCCUCAUAGAGCUUAGUCCAUGUCCAACAUCGGAGACCAACAUUGAACACCUAAUUAAACAAUUGUUUAAACUGUGAUAAGUGGUGUGAAGGAAAA